AUGGGCAACCUUUUUGCCUGGCGCAAGCGCUGGUUUGUCCUCCGGCGGGGCCGCAUGUGUGGCAACCCCGACGUGUUGGAGUACUACAGGAACAAACACUCGAGCAAGCCCAUUCGUGUGAUAGACCUCAGCGAGUGUGCGGUGUGGAAGCAUGCGGGCCCUGGCUUCGUGCGGAAGGAGUUCCAGAACAACUUCGUGUUCAUCGUGAAGACUACUUCGCGUACGUUCUAUCUGGUGGCCAAGACCGAGGAAGAAAUGCAGGUGUGGGUACACAGCAUCAGCCAAGUCUGCAACCUCGGCCACCUGGACGAUGGUGCAGAUUCCGUGGAGAGCCUCGCUCACACGCCCUCCUCCCUCCAGCCAUCCCCUGCCAGCUUCCUUCACACCGCCCAUGCUGUCAGCUCCCCCUUGCCAAGAGAUGACCCAAACUCUAAUACCAUAGCCACUGAGGAAACCAGAAGUGAGUCAGAGUUGCUCUUCCUUCCUGAUUAUCUGAUUCUGUCCAACUGUGAGAGUGGAAGACUGCACCACGCCAGUUUACCCACCAGAUGUGACAGCUGGUCAAACUCAGAGCGUUCCUUGGAACAGACUUCAUUCGAUGAUGUUUUUGUUGACGGCCUGCAGGCGCUGCCCUACGUUAACUUGGUCCACCCCUCAGCACAGAGGAAUGGGUCUCAAGAGGCACCUCCCACAAGGCCUCAGGCCGCCCUGACCUGGAGCAGAGAUAUCAAUGGGCCGGCCAGAGACCACUUUUCCUCACCAUUGCUGGAAACGUCCUUAAACCCCACCCUUCAGGUAGAUAAGAACCAACGCUCCUUACCCUUCGGGGUAAAAGAACUAGACAUUGUGUCCAACACGCCACCUCCCCGCCCCCCUAAGCCAAUUCAUCUCUCUGAACGGCGCCAAGAGGAGCAGCUACUGUGGAGUGGGCACAGCAGCAUCAGAAAGCCAGAAUUCACUGCAGCACCAAGAAGGAUCUCCCUUUCGGGCUUAGAUAACGUGAGAACCUGGAAAGCUGAUGUAGAAGGCCAAUCCUUAAGACACCGAGACAAGCGGCUUAGUUUAAAUUUGCCGAGCAGGUUCUCCCCAAUGUACCCCACAACAUCAGCCAGUGCUGAGGAUGGCUACGUGCCCAUGGGCCCCCACGUCGCCACUGCUUGCCUCCGAACCCAGUGCAGCCUUGAUGACUACAUCCCCAUGAGCUCAGGAAGCAUCGCGAGCCCACUGCCCAAGCUACCUGCAGACCUGGAACCUCCUCCAGUGAAUAGAGAUCUCAAGCCUCAGAGGAAACCACGGCCACCUCCGCUAGAUCUGAGAAACCUCUCUACCAUCCGGGAACAUGCCUGUCUAACCAGGACCCACACUGUGCCUUGCAAUCGGACCAGCUUUCUCUCUCCAGGAAGAAACGGUAUUAAUUCUGCAAGAUUUUUUGCCAAUUCUGUUUCCAGAGAAGAGGAAGAAAGCUACAUCCAGAUGGAGGAACACCGAACAGGCAACUCCCUGAGCGGUGGUUCUGUGAUGUGGACAAAGAAAUUCAGCCUGGAUUACUUAGCCCUGGACUUCAAUUCAGCGUCACCAGCUCCUGUACAGCAGAAACUUCUCCUUUCAGAAGAGCAAAGAGUAGACUAUGUCCAGGUGGAUGAGCAGAAGACGCAAGCUCUCCAGAACACAAAGCAGGAGUGGACCGACGAGAGGCAGUCCAAAGUGUAA